AUGGUUCCGACACUGGAAGCCAUCAAGGGUGGUGGAGGAUCCAUCAAAGUUGGGUCCACCGGGACAAUUGGUACCUUAAUGUCAAGGGAAUUAGAAUCCACAAAGUCUGAUCCUCAAACACCUAGGAAGAAAUCUCCUACAGUUUCUAUUUUGGUUCCUAGUGAUGCCACUACUCCUAAAAUACUAAAGCCAAGAACAUCACUGGAUGAAGCAAGCAGCAGUAGCAGCAGCAGCAGCAUCGUGAAUAAGAAAAGCACUGAAAUUGCCCGGAAAACAAAACACUACAAUCGGAAAACCCAUCAAAUACCAAUGCUCGACUCUGAUAACAUAUCCUUAGACGGAAGUACUCCUAUUAGAGAUAAACCUGAUAAAAGAGGAUCUUACAUUGUUGAAGUUGUGGACAUAAAAUGCGGUAAUCAGGACAGGACAUGA